AUGUCGACAUCUACGGGUGUGCUUGGAAGUGGAUCGAAAACUAAGGAACAAGUCGUCAAGAGAGAUUUUUCUCAUGUGCCAAGCGUAGAAGUGUCUGCUCCAACUCGAAUGGGCAACUGCGAAAUGUAAGUUGUUUUUGUAACAUGUGUAGGUGUUCACAUAAGGAACAUGGUUCUCACACAAAUACCCGGGUGUGUUCUUUAUUCCUUUUUUUUUUUUAACCAUCAUAGGUGUUUGCUUCAAAUUAA